AUGAAAACCCACUAGUCCAGUCCACCUCUAAAUCACAAGUUGCGCAACUAACAAGUCUAGAGUGAGAGAGAGACAAGACAGAGAGAAAAAUGGCGAGAUUCACGGUGUUGAUUGCGGCAGUGAUACUAGCCUUUGUAGUGGCGGUGCCGGAAGUGACGGCGAAGAAGUACACAGUCGGCGAGAACAAGUUUUGGAAUCCAAACAUCAACUAUACCAUCUGGGCUCAGGGAAAGCAUUUCUACCUCGGAGACUGGCUCUAUUUCGUGUUCGACAGGAACCAACACAACAUUCUCGAAGUUAACAAGACCGACUACGAAAACUGUAACGCCGACCAUCCUCUCGUAAACUGGACACGUGGAGCUGGGAGAGACAUUGUCACUCUCAACGUGACCAAACACUACUAUCUUCUCGAUGGAAAGGGUGGCUGUUAUGGAGGCAUGAAGCUCGCUGUUAAAGUAGAGAAGCUACCUCCUCCACCAAAAGCGGCACCUGUCAAGAGCACUGGAUCAGUUUCCAUGGCCACAGGUGUUGCUCAGUUCGUGAUUCCGUUUGCUCUCUUCUCUGUUUCCACGAUGUGGGAUGCCAUCUUAAGGAUGUGGUAAUGACCACCAAUCUCGGAGUUCUUUACAUUGGAAUCCAUUUUCGAUUUGAGAGACAUUAAAUUCUUUUUCAGGGAAAGCAUUUUAAUUUAGAAAGUUCAUCAGUUGAGUUUAUGUUUUGUAAUGUGGAUUGUUGAGUUUUAA